UGGAGGUUACGUUUGCUUGCAAGGCCAGCGAGGCACUGCUGCGGAUGAGGCUGCAAGUGCCCGAGGAUUCCGACGGCGCUGCAGUACUCGAGCAGGUGGUAAGCGCCUUCGUUACCUGCAAGGAGCGCCUUUUUGAUGGGACGUUGUCUUUGAAGACGCUGAAAUUCCUGGAAGACAACAAGGACCGCUUCACCACAUUUUACCAGAUCUGCACAGAGCAACCAUCAGAGGAGUGGGCGGGAAGGAGCUCCGCGGGUGCGAGGAAGUCGGCAGAGCGAAAAGAAAACGAGGGUGAUGACCCCAUGGAGGUAGACGACGAUGUAGCGAAAGAGAAAGAUGACGUCGACAUGUCGCAAGAACUUGUUCUCGCAAACGCAGGUGAAACGACGACCGCAGCCCGCGGCCGCUCUGCGACCGCGGACAGUUUGGGAUCAUCUGCCGCCUCGCCGCGCAAGCAGAAGGAGAAGGAAAUCGCUUCAAAAUUGGAACACUGGCGCGAGGUCGUUACGAAGUUCGAGUCCGAUUUGGAACUGCUCCGAGCCGCUAGCGCGCUGCCGCAAG